CCUCGCUGGCAGGCGUCCUCAGCCCCCGCCGGGGUGGGAGGACAGGCACUGCCUUGCCAUGCUCCGCGGACUGGCCCGGGCCGCGGCCCGGAGGCACGGGGCCCCCUGGGCGCGGGGGUCCGGCGGCCGGGCGGGGGUCCCUGCCCACGUGGUUGACCUACGCAGCGACACGGUGACCAGGCCCGGGCCGGCCAUGAGGCGCGCCAUGGCCGAGGCCGUCGUGGGGGACGACGACUACGGCGAGGACCCCACCGUCCGCGAGCUUCAGGAAAAGGUCUCGGAGCUGCUCGGCGUGGAGCAAACCCUGUUUGUGCCCACGAACACCAUGGCCAAUCUCAUCUCUGUGAUGGGUCACUGCCGGCGCCGGGGCUCCCAGCUCCUCCUUGGGCAAGAGAGCCACCUCCAUGUCUAUGAGCAGGGCGGGGCAGCUCAGAUCGCAGGGGUGCACUCCCACCCCCUCCCAGACCUGCCCCACGGCACGCUGGACCUGGUGGAGCUGGAGAGGGUGCUCACACAGGGCCUGGGGAACCCCUACCACCCCGUCUGUGAGCUCAUUUGCCUGGAGAAUACCCACAGCAGCUCAGGGGGCCGGGUCCUCCCCCUCGACUACCUACGCCAGGUGCACGCCCUGGCCCGGAACUACGGCGUCCGAGUUCACCUGGACGGGGCCCGGCUGAUGAACGCAGCAUUGGCCCUGCGCGUGCCCCCUGCCCGCAUCGUGGAGCACUGUGACUCUGUCUCCCUCUCUUUCUCCAAGGGCUUGGGGGCACCAGUGGGGGCCCUGGUUGGGGGGCCCAAAGACUUUAUCAAAGAAGCCUGGCGCCUCCGGAAAGCCCUGGGCGGCGGGAUGCACCAGGCGGGGGUGCUGGCUGCUGCCGCCCUGGUGGGUCUGGCCAACGCAGAGGAGGUGCUGCUGCAGGACCACCAGAACGCACAGCGAUUCGCCACAGGACUCCGGGAGCUGGCCUCCCCUAUCUGCUCUGUGGAUCCCAGCACCGUGGAGACCAACAUGGUGGUGGUGCGGGUGGUGGGGCUGUCGCCCGAGGAGCUGUGCCAGCACCUGCGGGCCGUGAGUGCCGAAGAGGAGAAGCAGAUGGGCCAGGUGGUGAGCGUGCUGCUGUUCCCCUGGACAGAGCGCUCUGUGCGUGCCGUGUGGCACCGCGACGUCUCAGCGCAGGACACCGAGCUGGCACUGAGGAAGUGGGAGUUCGUGCUGAGGCAGCUGGGGCCCUGAGGACAGGGUGGCCAGAGACACCAUGUCCUGGCUGGGAUGGGAGGGGGAGCAGAGGUACGCAAAGAGAGGCAGUGAAACAACACCCCAUAAUCCGCCUGUCUUGCAUCGGCCCCCUCACUUUUCAUGACACUGGGGUGAAGCCCUCCCCCCACUCGGUCAGUGAACCCUGAAUGACCCCUCCUGGUACCAGCGGGGUGGCUACACUGGCUUACUGGUGCUGCUGUAACAAGUGCCACAUGGCGGGGUGGGUAAAACAACAGAAAUUAAGGAGUCUCUGAGUGUCAGAAACUGUUAAGCGCUCAACUGCUAGCUGAAAGGUUGGCAGUUUGAACCACCCAGAGGUACUUAGGAAGAAAGGCCUGGUGAUCUUCUGAAGUCAGUCUUGAAAACCGUA